AGCCGUGUCUACAUACCUCUCUUAUCCGUCCUCUCCACCUCUUCCGUCUUGUGACUUUCCGUGAGGACAUGACCAGUUGUUCAGUACUGUCCAAACCGAAAGUGUGCCAUGUCUGUUGCCUAGCGCCGCAAGGACCAGACUCAAACAAAAAACAUCCCUUCCAAGAUUUGCAGAGAACUUUAGUUUGUUUGGCAAUCCAGCACAAACGUCUGUCCCGUCAAGUCUCCAAUCAAACACAAUAGCAACGAUGAGUUUGGCUGAAAAGCGCGUUGCCAUCGUCACGGGCGCCGCGUCCGGGAUCGGAGAGGCUCUGGCUACGGAACUCGUCCGAAGAGGCUGGAGAGUCGCCCUCGUCGACAUGAACGCAGAUGCCGGCGAGAAGCUCGCGACUGUCCUCGGCCCCGACGCCCAAUUCUUCCAGUGCAACGUCGCCAGCUAUCAAGACCAGGCCAACAUGUUCAGCCGGGUCUGGGAAACGUGGGGACAGAUCGAUGCGCUCUGUGCCAACGCAGGGAUCCUUGACAGAGGAUCCCUGUAUAUCUUCGAACACCGACACUCGGACACCAUACCCCCCGAGCCAGAUACCCUCUGCACAGACGUGGACUACAAGGGCGUCGUCUACGGCGUCCAACUCGCGAUUCACUUCAUGAGGAAGAACAAAGUCCCCGGGGGCCAGAUCGUCGCGACAUCGAGUGUCGUCGCGCUCUAUCCCCUUCCCUCGUACCCGGAAUACUGUGGCGCCAAAGCCGGGGUGCUGGGUCUGGUCCGGUGCAUGGCACCGGUGUUGAAGGCGAAGGAGAAUAUCACCAUCAACGCCGUCAUGCCUGGCAUUGUUCCCACGAGUAUCAUGCCGCAGGAAAUGCUCGACGCCGUCUCUGAGGAGUGUUUGACGCCCGUGACAACCAUUGUCGCCGCGUAUGUGAGACUGUUGGACGAUCGCGAAUUGACUGGCCAGGCCAUCGAGUGCUCCGCCUAUAAAUUGCUCUUCUCGGCGCAGCCUGAUUAUUUGAAUGGGUGGAUAUCUAAACGGGCGGCGACGGUGUGGGAACCGAUUUUCAAGCGAAAGCAUUCCGAGUUCUCUGAAUUGCCAGACGCAAUAGCAUGAGACAUCCUAGAGAUUUAUAUGAUGCGGGGCUACUUUCUGCUCGACCUUAGACUCUCAACUGUACCAUAUGGCGCUUCCACGGGACCCGUUGCGCUCAUUUGUUGCGAACGACCCAAAGUACGCCUUUUCUCGGAUGAUAGAAUUGUAUCACCCCUUCCUGUUCAUAGCCACGAAAAGGAAUGAAAGCACAUGUUGCAGCCACCAGGAACACCUACUUACCACGCUGAGGGGUACUCAGACAAGAGG